AUGUCAAGCCCAGCAGUGACCCAACGUCGCGCCUUCCGGCGCACUGACGACUAUACUCCCGGCACACCCAAAGUCAAGCUUGUACGGGAAGCACUCCAACUGCCACUCUCACCAACAGCCGUCUUGAUCAAGGUUCACGCUGUGGGUCUCAACUACCGCGAUGCGAACAUCGCGAAUGGCGGAAACCCUUGGCCAGUAAUCCCCAACGGUAUCCUGUGCAAUGACGCCGCGGGCGAGAUUAUUGCCGUCGGCGAGAAGGUCAAGUCCUUGGUAGUGGGUGAUCGGGUCGGGCCUAUCACGGACACGGAGAAUAUUUCGGGUCGUGAGGCGAAGCGGUCGUGGCUGGCUGCAGAUGAGGAUGGGGUAAUGGCGGAUCAUAUCAUUUUUGACGAGCGCGUUUUAUGCAAACUCCCAACCUACCUCGACUGGGUCGAUGCUUCGAUAAUCCCUUGUGCGGGAGUCACUGCUUGGUCGGCGCUGAAGGGCAUGAGUAUUGGACAGACCGUGUUGAUUCAAGGAACCGGUGGUGUCAGUGUUUUCGCACUCAAACUUGCAAGGGCUGCAGGCCUUCGAGUGAUUUUGACUUCCUCGAGUGACGCGAAGCUUCAGCAAAUGAAAGAAAAGUUCUCGCAUCCACCAAUUUUGACUGUCAACUACUCCAAGAUACCUGACUGGGAUCAGGAAGUUAUGAAGCUUACCGGAGGCACUGGUGUCGAUAUCGUUGUUGAAAAUGGCGGAACCGGGUCCUUGGUCAAGAGUAUGAGGUGUACUCGACGCGGGGGUGUGGUCAGUCAGGUCGGAUAUCUUUCUAAACAGGAUCCCAAUGACCUACGGGAACUGGUCCCAACUAUAAUUGAUAGGAGAAUCAAUCUCAGGGGCAUAAAUGCUGGUUCCAAGUUCGAUAUGGAAGACUUUUGCGCUGCUCUCGAGGCAGCCCAAACACCACUAAAUGAUCUAGUUGAUAAGGUCUUCCCAUUCGAGCAGGCUGAUGAUGCUGUCGAGCAUGUCUGGCAGGGUAAACAAAUAGGAAAAAUAGUCCUCCGCCUUUAG